GUGCGCACCGACCCAGCUCCUGGGGCGACUUCAGUCAGGAAGCCAACUUGGUAGGGACUCAUGUCGCCAGCCUGUCCUCGCCGGGAGCCAGUCAGAAACCGCUUGAUAGAUGAGGCCAAGCCCCGCUUACGGAAGUUUGACGUCGGGAACAAAUAUCCUCACCUGCUGCAGAACAGAUGCUCUGUCCUUAUACCUCUGUUGGUGAAAGAUGGGAAAUUCCAUCUGCUACUCACCCUCCGGUCAGAGAAGCUGAGACGUUCCCCGGGAGAAGUUUGCUUCCCAGGAGGAAAGCAGGAUCCAGCCGAUGUGGAUAACAUUGCCACAGCUCUGCGGGAGGCGGAGGAGGAAGUGGGGCUGCAUCCUCAUCAAGUGGAGGUGGUCAGCUGCCUGGUGCCGGCCAUUGUUAAUGAAAACAUGCUGCUAUUCCCGGUGGUGGGAAUCAUAGGUGAAGACUUCCAGGCCCAGCCUAACCCGGAUGAAGUGAAGGCCGUGUUCCUGGUGCCUCUGGACUAUUUCCUGCACCCACGGGUCUACCGCCAGGCUUCCGCGACCUACGCUGAUUUCCCUCAUCUCGUUCACUUCUUUGAGUACACCAGCCCCGAGAGUGGGGUGACUUACCACAUCAAGGGAAUCACUGCACGUUUGGCCGUGUUUGCGGCUUUAAUUAUUUUAGAUGAAAGACCCACCUUCAAGGUCGACUAUGAUCUUGACGACCUCCUAUCGUCUUCUGGAGAGUCUUUCAUGAAACUCCAAAAACUCAUCCUAAGCAAGUUGUGAUGUAUGGGGCUCACAUCCAAGUAACAGUCCAAGAGGAUUGUGUGUGUGUGUGUGUGUGUGUGUGUGUGUGUGCGCGCGUGUGUGUGCAUGGGAGCUUGUCCACAGGAGAACAAUCAUGCCAGCUCUUGGGACUGAGCAGGUGUGGGUCUUUUUCUUGCCAUAUGAAUGCUCAAAACCUGAUCUCUUUUCCCAUAUGCCCUCUAUCAGCUAAAAGAACAAAGGGCUUUCAAAAGUGGAAAAUGUAUUUAGAAUGUUGCAUAAUUGCCCUCACAACAUAAUAUCUUCUUACACAUGUAAGAAAUAGUAUAGAGUGUGUGGAAGGCACUAAAUAAAUUGAUUUGUUGAAUAUA